CCUCUCAUAUUGCAACAUUGUAGUUCCAUAAGUAUAGGUACCUUGGGUUCUUAAUCUCUUAGCUUUUCCAAGUGUUGAACUAUUCAACAUUCUAUAAAGUACAUCUCUCCGAUCUCUUUCUCUCUCUCUCUCUCUCUCUCUCUCCACCAAUGGAUGCCAAGCUCUGUGAGCCUCUCAUUCAUGAUGAGACGCAAAAUGGGCUAGCUCCCAAGCUAGAGGAAGUGGAAUCAAACUGUCAUCAUUUGAAUACAACCAGCGUUCCUUUCUUCAAAACGUGUUUUAACGGACUCAAUGCUUUGUCAGGAGUUGGGAUAUUGUCAGUUCCAUAUGCACUAUCAGAAGGAGGAUGGUUAAGCUUGAUACUUCUCUUUGUUAUCGCGAGUGCAGCCUUCUAUUCAGGCUUGUUGAUGCAAAGAUGUAUGGAUACAGAUUCUGAUAUAAGAACUUAUCCUGAUAUAGGCUACCGUGCAUUUGGUAACAUUGGAAGAAUAUCGGUAUCCGUUUUCAUGUACGUAGAGCUCUAUAUGGUUGCAACAGGAUUCUUGAUUCUUGAAGGGGAUAACUUAUACUACUUGUUUCCCAACACCGGAGUUGAAAUUGCCGGGAUAGCAAUCGAAGGAAAACAAAUCUUUGUGAUAGUUGUGGCUGUUGUAAUUUUGCCUUCUGUUUGGUUGGAUAAUCUUAGCCUUCUUUCCUAUAUCUCGGCUAGUGGGGUUUUAGCUUCUGUUAUUAUCCUUGGCUCAAUCUUAUGGACUGGUGCAUUUGAUGGAAUUGGCUUUGAUCAAAAGGGGACAGUUUUUAAUUGGAAUGGAAUCCCUACGGCUGUUAGCUUAUUUGCCUUCUGUUAUUGUGCACAUCCAGUCUUCCCUACAUUAUACACUUCAAUGAAUAAUAAACGUCAAUUUAGCAAUGUCCUCCUUGUGUGCUUUACAUUAUGCACCAUUAGUUAUGCAUCAAUGGCAGUUUUUGGUUACUUAAUGUUUGGGUCAAAUGUUCAAUCACAGAUAACUUUAAACCUUCCCAUUGGAAAACUUAGCUCAAGAGUGGCAAUAUACACCACUUUGGUCAAUCCUAUAGCCAAAUAUGCAUUGAUGGUUACACCUAUUGUGAAUGCUACCAGAAGUUGGUUUCCAUAUCAAUACAACAAAAGGGUGCUUGGCCUCUUAAUCAGCACAUGCCUUGUAAUCAGCACUGUUAUUGUAGCCUUGGCUGUUCCCUUUUUCGCGUAUCUCAUGUCAUUGGUUGGAGCAUUUUUAAGUGUCUCAGCUUCGAUUAUACUGCCAUGCUUAUGCUACUUGAAAAUUUCAGGCACUUAUAAAAGAUUUGGUUGUGAAAUGGUGAUUAUAUGGGGCAUAAUCCUAAUGGGUGUUGCCAUAACAAUAAGUGGUACUUACAUAUCUCUCUUAGAAAUAAUACAUCAUCUGUAAGAAGAGGAUUUCUCUUUGUUGCUAGUAGAGUUUUGGCAUUGUAAUAAACUACUGAGUACUCAGAGAAGGGAAUACGUGAUUUAUUGGAAGAAGUUGCCGGUAUCUGUUCUGGACUGAAGUUCAUAGAUAUAAGGAAUUGGACAACUUGUACACUAAUUUAUAGAAAUUGUAGCUAUUUUGCAUGGAAAUAUGAUUUCCGUUGGUGAAUGAAAUAUUUUUGAA